CCAAACCCCAUUUCGUAUAAAUGCCAAACAUCGCGAACUCAGAAUCCAGUGGAUUUCUGACUGUUGCCAAGAUGUGUAACCUUGUUGUUGUGCUCGCAUUGCUGAUAUCUGUGGGAAGCUAUGGAGUGCUUUCCGCAUCCAAUGUCACGGGCCAUAUGGAAGAUUAUAUACGACAGAAUCAACGACAGUAUGAGGCUAGAUUGAAAAAAUAUGAGGAUGAAAUGGCUACAUUUCGUGAGACCUAUGGACGAGAAUUGCGAGCAAUUUCAGUGCAGGCGGAUCAAUUGCAAUUAAAGCUAGAGGAGGCCACAGAACGCCUGCGUCCACUUGAACUUAUUGAUUCCUGGCACCGGCAAUGUGUACAGAAUUACUCAGCAAGUCUACCAACGAUAGUCGCAAUGCGAACUGCUCUCACCGCUUGCUCGACUGGAGCCCAAAACAAUCUCAACGGUCACCUGCAGAAUUCUGUGAAUACCUACAAUAGCCUCAAGAGCUAUCACGCCAACAAUGUGAAAGCGUUGUUUACCGAUUGUGAAAAGCGUCAUCCCGCAUCCCAACAGAACUAUACAGAUUGCAUUACAACUGCGAUUGCCACGGCCAAUACGAAUACAAUUGCCAACCAGAAGAACUUCAACACAUACAUGCAACAGUCGAACUGUGCAGCUAAUACACGUAUUAACCAGGCCUGGGAAUGUGCCUUCACCACUGUUCAUAGCACCAUUUCAACAUUGGCAGUAUCCUUACGCCUUAUUGAUGAUUGCAUUGCUAACAAGUUGGCCUGUGCAUCCGUUUCCUGCACUACAGGCUGUAAGAAUCACAUGGUUAUUAUCUUAGACGACAACGAUUUCUUAAUUCCCACCAUUAAUAAUCCCUUCUAUGGAUUUAAUAGUAAUCUCAGUUGCCUAGAGAUUAAGUUCAAGGUCGAAAAUUCUAAUGUGGUCAUCAACGAUAAAAGAAAUUAAAAACUUUUAAAAUAUAUUGUCUAAGUAUGUAAGCAAAUAUACAUAGCUAAACAAAUAAUGUUUUAAAAACAUGAUAAUUAAAUAUGCAAAUACAGUUGUUAGCGGGAUAAACAUCUGAGUACACGUAAGGCCAAUUUAUCUUCCUUGAUUCUGUAAACUUAAAGAUACCAAAUUCUUUUUGUACCAACACUGAUAAAAAACAACAAUAUAUUUUUUGUUAAGGGAAAAAUAGAGUAAAGAUUUUAUGGAUGAAAAAAAAAAUAAAUUUAAAAAAAUGUUAACAGUGCA